UAAGAUUUGACAUUGUCCAUUGGGGGGAGGGGGGAUGCAAAGUCUUGUGGGAAAUGUAGUCAUCAUUCAGUCACCUACGGUGCCAGGAGCAAGAACGAAUCAUGCGGAAAUAAAAACACGUCCACUUCAUUUCUCAAAGGCUGAGGGGCGCACGCGCAGAAGGCUGUGGGACAUGUCCUCUCGGACGGGCACGGUGCAGUAAUUUAUGAGAAAUGUCAUCUCUACGACACUAGCCCACCUGGAGCACUAGGAAGCGUUCCAGGUUCGUACUGCGCAUGUGUAGGCCCUCCCACGCCUCCAUUUUCUUCCGGAAGUCCCGGCGCCUGUGUUCUAGUACACGUGGACUCUGUCGCUGAAGGUCUGUGUGCUGUGCAGGAGCCCGUGUCGUGCUGGUGCAGGAGCUCAGAGUCUACAAGACAUGACAGGCUGUCUAAGAUAAAGACCAACAGAUGACAGAUGCCUUGAAUAGAUGAUGCAUGCCUUACAGGGCAUGGUGUUCUUUGAAGAUGUGGCUGUGGACUUCAGCCGAGAAGAGUGGAAGGACCUGGAUGACGCUCAGAGGACCCUGUACAGGGAUGUGAUGCUGGAAACCUACAGGAACCUAGUGUCAGUGGGAUAUUCAGUAACCAAACCUGAGGUGAUCAUCAAGUUGGAGCAUGGAGAAGAUCCUUGGAUUAUAGUAGGGCCUCCAGAGCAGAACACCUCAGAUGUCCAGAGUGUGAAAGAGUUGAUUGUGAACAACCUGAAAAAUCAGGUCAAACAUUUUCAACAAGUAUUAAUCAGCAACAGCAAAACAUCAACUAAGAAGGAAACUGACUUAAGAAAAAUUCCCAAUUUGAGUUCAGUUUGUAUUUUAAAUAAUGAAAAACAUACAGGAAAAUUGCCGAAGUUUGAAUAUUGGAAUUCUUGUGAAACUACAGUUCUUAUUCCCCAAGAGAAAAUUCACAAAGUAGAGAGUGACUAUAUAAAUUAUAAAUUGGGAAACAAUUUUUUUGAAAAAACAGCUCCGUUGAAUUUUCAUAAAGACUUUAAGGAUAUUCAUCCCAAACAUAAUCAAAGUAGGAAUACAUCUAGCGAAAAAUUAUGCCCCACUCACCUCCAGAAUACUCUGUUUGAAGAAAAAAAAAUUGGGUAUAAUUUGUGUAAUACAAAACACACUGGAGAGACAUCUUUUGACUGUAAAAAAUGUGGGAAAACUUUCUCCCUGAAGUCAUACCUCACUCUACAUCAGAGAACUCACAUAGGAGAGAAACUUUAUGAAUGUAAAGAAUGUUGGAAAACUUUCUCCUGGAAGUCAGAACUCAUUGUACAUCAGAAAACUCACACAGGCGAAAAACCAUAUGAAUGUAAAGAAUGUAGGAAAACUUUCUUCCUGAAGUCAGACCUCAUUGUCCAUAAGAGAAGUCAUAAAGGAGAAAAACCUUAUGAAUGUAAAGAAUGUUGGAAAACUUUUUCCUGGAAGUCAGAACUCAUUGUACAUCAGAGAGCUCACACAGGUGAAAAACCAUAUGAAUGUAAAGAAUGUCAGAAGACUUUCUCUUGGAAGUCAGCCCUCACUGUUCAUCAAAGAAUUCAUACGGGAGAGAAACCCUAUGAGUGUAAAGAAUGUAGGAAAACUUUCUCCCGUAUGUCAGCCCUCACUGUUCAUCAAAGAACUCACACAGGAGAGAAACCGUAUAAGUGUCAAGAAUGUAGAAAAACUUUCUCCCAAAAGUCACAUCUCAGCAUACACCAGAGAACUCACACAGGGGAGAAACCCUAUGAAUGUAAGGAAUGUAGAAAAGCUUUCAUACGGAAGUCAGACCUCACUGUUCACCAGAGAACUCAUAUAGGAGAAAAACCGUAUGAGUGUAAAGAAUGUAGGAAAACUUUCUCCUGGAAAUCAGACCUCACUGUACAUGAGCGAAUUCACACCGGAAAGAAAGCUUAUGAAUGUAAAGAAUGUGGGAAAACAUUUUCCUGGAAAUCACACCUUACUGUACAUGAGAGAAUUCACACAGGAAAGAAAGCAUAUGAAUGUAAAGAAUGUGGGAAAACUUUCUCCUGUAAGUCAUACUUCACUGGACACCAGAGAACUCACACAGGAGAGAGACCUUAUGAAUGUCAGGAAUGUAGGAAAACAUUUUUCUGGAAAUCAUACCUCACAGAACACCAAAAAACUCACACAGGAGAAAAACCUUAUGAAUGUAAGGAAUGUAGGAAAGCUUUCUACAAAAAGUCGCAUCUCACCGUGCAUCUUAGAAUUCAUACAGGAGAGAAACCUUAUGAAUGUAGUAUAUGUAGGAAAACUUUUUCUAUGAGUUCAACCCUCAUAAUUCAUCAGCGAACUCACACAGGAGAGAAACCCUAUGAAUGUAAAGUGUGUUGGAAAACUUUCUCAGACAAGUCACAUCUCAACGUGCAUCUCAGAAUUCACACAGGAGAGAAACCUUAUGAAUGUAGUAUAUGUAGGAAAACUUUUUCUAUCAAUUCAACCCUCAGAAUUCAUCAGCGAACUCACACAGGAGAGAAACCACAUAAAUGUAAAGAAUGUAGGAAAACAUUCUCUUCAAAGUCAGCCCUUACUGUGCAUCAGAGAAAACAUACUGGUAGAAAACCCUAUGAAUGUGAAGAGUGCAAGAAAAGGUUCUACAAGAAGCCAGCCCUCAUUUUUCACCAGAGAGUUCAUACAGAGGAGGAGUCCUAUAAUGUGUAGAGUAGAAAAUUUUUCUGUGAUAAGUGAGAUCUCACUGUAGGCUUCAGAAUUCACACAGGUGAGAAGCUUUCUAAAUAUCAAAUAUUUAAGAAAACUUCAGAAUUCAACUUGAGCUGUACAUCAGAGAAACCACACUGGGGAGAAGCCUUAUGAAUGCAGAGAGUGUAUGUUAUGUCAGCCAUCAUUGUACAUCUCAGAAUUCACAUAGGAGAGAAACCCUACAAAUGUAAAGAACGUAGAAAAACUUUCUACUGGAAGUCAGCCCUCACUGUAUAUGAAAGAACCUGUACAGGAAAGAAAGCCAAUGAACAUAAAAAAUAUAAAAAAUCAGAUAACUCACAAAGAAGUGAAACUGUAUAUGUGAGAAAACCAGUGAAUGAAAAGAACGUAAGACUACUUAUGACAGAUUCCUGCCACGACUGUACAGAAGGUAAAUGGUUGCUUGCACGGAGGUACAGCCAUUGUUGUGAGGCAGCCUUUUGGCUGAUGUACUUACCUAACUGUGCAUAGUCCUUCUUAAAUGUGAUUGCUGUAUUGUCACAUUUUUGUUUUGUUUUGUAAUAAACUGUAUAUUCCUAUGUAUUGCUAUUUUGGA